CAUUACUUUGCUCAUUACUCUCAGAGAAAGCAGAAGAAAGCAAUAGCCAAAAAUACAUACAUCUUUCUAUGAAGCUCCUUUCUUCUCAUCUGGCUUCAAUUUCUAACUCUCUUCUGAUCCUUUUGACAUUACUAUUAUUAAUAGUUGUUUCUAGCAAAAUAGAGGGUGCUGUGAAAGUAGCAGCAAAUGUUGUGAUUCCAGCAGUGUUGGUGUUUGGAGAUUCGAUAAUGGAUACUGGAAACAACAACAACAACUCCCUAACAUCAGCUCGCUGCAAUUUCCAACCUUAUGGCAAAGACUUUCCCGGAAACAUCCCUACUGGCCGAUUUUCCAAUGGAAAGGUUCCAUCAGACAUUAUAGCGGGGGAAUUGGGCAUAAAAGAGUUUCUACCAGCAUAUUUGGAUCCAAAUCUCCAACUUAGUGAAUUACCCACGGGUGUGUGUUUUGCAUCCGGUGGUGCUGGAUACGAUCCUUUGACAUCAAAACUUGCGACAGCUAUACCACUAUCGGGUCAACUAGACAUGUUCAAAGAAUACAUAGUGAAGCUUAAAGGACUCGUUGGAGACAACAGAACAAACUUCAUUCUCGGCAACAGUCUUUUCCUUGUGGUUUUAGGCAGCAAUGACUUUUCCAACACAUACUUUUUGUCCCAUAUCAGAGAAUUGCAAUAUGAUGUUCCUGCUUACUCUGAACUUGUGGUUAACUCAGCUUCUAAUUUCUUCAAGGAAAUAUAUGAUCUAGGAGCACGGAGGAUUGCAAUAUUCAGUGCACCGCCAAUUGGGUGUGUGCCGUAUCACAGAACAUUGGCUGGUGGAAUUACAAGAAAAUGUGUAGAAAAGUACAACAAUGCAAUGGUGCUAUUUAACGACAAACUGUCCAAGGAGAUAGAUUCCCUUAAUCAGAACCUUCCAAACAGCAGGAUUGUUUACUUCGAUGUUUACAACCCUUUACUUGACAUCAUUGUAAACCACCAAAAAUAUGGUUAUGAAGUCGGGGACAAAGGGUGUUGUGGCACGGGCAAAAUAGAGGUUGCAUUGACAUGCAACCAUUUGGAUGCCACGUGUGCCAACGUUUUGGAUUAUGUGUUUUGGGACGGUUUUCACCCAACUGAAAGCGUUUAUAAAAAGCUUGUGCCCCUUGUUCUUCAAAAAUAUAUGCACCAGUUUGAGUGAGCAAUUAAUAUAUUUCCUUUUUAUACAGAAAUCUACCUCUUAGUUCUGAUAUAUGCCAGUUUGGGUGCGACUUUGCUACCAAAUAAGUUUUAUAUUUAAAAGCUAAAUACCAUGCAUACAAUUGUAGCAUAAAUAAGGGCCUUCGGAAUGCAUUUUCUUUGGAGGUAUCUCUCAACCGAAUUCCUUCACAAGGCAAGGAGAGGGAUCAUCCACCCUUCGGAAAAUUCUGAUUGUCCAACAUGCGUGCCUCAAUUUUUUAGUACAGAUAUUUUUCAAAAGUAUGGAAGCGAUGUUUAAAUUGGAUUGGGAUUUUCUGAGCUUUGUGUAUUGAUUGCAAGGACCAUUUUCUUCGAUUUCUCGUCUUAGUUGUUGUUCAGUCUUA